AUGCUAUUGCGAUUGACGUUCCUUCUAUCAAUUCUAUUAAUUCCAUUAACGUUAGCCCAGGAUUAUUAUGCAAUACUUGGCUUGAAUAAAGAUGCUUCUGAUAAAGAAAUCAAGUCUUCUUACAGACAACUUUCGAAGAAAUUCCAUCCAGACAAGAACCCAGGCGACGAGGAAGCACACCACAAGUUUAUUGAAAUCGGUGAAGCAUAUGAAGUGUUAAGUGACCCAGAAAAGCGUAAGAUCUUUGACCAAUACGGUGCUGAUGCGCUGAAGAAUGGUGGGCCUGGCGGACCGGGCGGUGGUGGUGGUGGAUUCAAUGAUCCAUUCGAUAUUUUUGAACAGAUGUUCAACAGAGGUGGUGGAGGAGGUGGUGGAGGAUUUGGACGUAUGCAGAGGCCUCGAGGACACAAUCUUAAAGUUCGCGAACAGCUUUCGUUGAAAGAAUACUACACUGGAGCCACACUCGAGUUUACAUUAGCAUUGAACGAUAUAUGUGAUCACUGCGACGGAACGGGAUCCGCAGAUGGUAAAGUUGCCAAAUGUUCAGACUGUCAAGGCCGUGGUGUUGUGAUACAAGUGAUCAGGAUGGGAAUGAUGACCCAGCAAAUCCAACAGAUGUGCGGAAGAUGCGGCGGUAAAGGUAGUGUUAUCAAAAACCAUUGUAAGACGUGCCACGGUAGUAAAGUGGUUAAGAAACAGAAGCCAUUCCAUGUAGAAGUCCCUCCAGGUGCGGCAAGACAUUACACAGAGACAAGAAGUGGUGAAUCCGACAAGGGUGCAGACUUUGAUGCAGGUGACGUGUUUAUUGAAUUCAACGAGAAAACGACCAAUAACUUGGGCUACAGAAGACGUGGUCCACAUCUGUACCGAACCGAAGUACUCAGUGCUCGUGAAGCUUUAAAAGGUGACUGGCAAAGGGAAGUAGAAUUCCUCGACGAGAAGAAGAAGGUCAAAAUUGCAAGAGCCAAAAACGUAGUGGUACACAAUGGCGAAGUAGAGCGUAUUCCAGGGUUCGGGAUGCCACAACCGAAUGGGAAACAUGCUUUUGGAGACCUUUUUAUCGAGUAUGUGGUCGUUAUGCCACAUGAAAUCUCCAAGAGUGGAAUCAGAGACGAAUUGUAG